UUCUUCUUCAAAGUUCCGAUUGCUCGACCGUCGCCCAAAAUGGCUGAUCGAUUGCGUGCACAAGCCGAGAAAUUCCAAUUGAACAUGGGAAAAAUUGAAGCAUUCUGUCUGUUCUGCGAGGAAACAAAGAAAAUGGUGAAACAUCACUGGACCCAACACUUAAUCAAUCACACUGGCGAAUUGAUGUUCGCUUGCGAUACCUGCAACAUGAAAUUCAAGAACAAAAAUGAUCACAAAAAUUGCGCCGGUCAAGUGAUGAACGUUUUCGAUCAAAACUCGUCUGACGCCUCGCUGAUGGGUUACAUGUGCAAGGACUGUAAUUACAUCCAAUUCCAUUUAUCGUCCAUUGAAAACCAUCUGGUGAACGAGCAUCAUCAAUUGAUUGAUGAGUUGAAUUAUGAAAAAUUGAUGCUGAUCCCAGAUAUGUCGCCAGUUCAUUCGGAUGUAUCAGCAAAGUUCGGUUUUGCCGAAGCAUCGCAACGUUUCAAAUGUACCGUUUGCCAGACGCAAUUACUUGACGCUCUUGCAUUCACAGCACAUUUUACUGACAAGCACAAUGACAUCGAUGAAUACCAAUGCUUCUGCGGUGUAACCGUUCGGAAAAAUGAUCUAAUUCCGGGUAAUCAAUGGGUCGCUGCCCAUUUAUUGAUGCAUCGCAGCGAUUUACAUCAAUGCAUGAUUUGCAUGGGCGUUUAUUUGCGGAAGAAAGACGUUUUAGAACACAUUUUAUGCACACACCAGGGAAAUGUGCAGAUAAAACUUCAACACGUUUGUCGCAACCCAAAUCGAAAUAUCAAACUGUCGGUAUCAACGAUUCAGAAAUUGAUUUGCAACAUUUGCCAACGCCAAGUGGAUGGUUCGGUCGCACAUAUUUUUGAUCAUUUCAACAACGAACAUCCAUCAAAAACAAUCAGUAUAACUGGCAUCGGUAGCAAAAAGAUAACCAAUUUGGCACGUACCCAAUGCGACACGGAAACAACGUACGAAGGUGGAAAACAGAUGUCUGUUAGGCAAACAAAUACAGCCACGUAGAACAUGUGUUGAUUUUUAAUUGAUAUCAUAUCAAUGAAAUGUCAUUUUGUAAGUGAUUCAUAUUCACACAUGAAUAUCUUUUUCAUCUUUAUUUUUUUUUCAUAUCAUUUUGCUACUUUAAAUCGAUCCAACUGGACAAUAGUUUUUCACUUUUCAUGAACUCUUGAUAACUGACUUUAGCAUAAAAUUGAAAAAUCCGAUCAAAAUUGAAUUUCAAACCAUUUCUGCUAUUAGGAAAGCAAUUACAUUUGAAUUGUAUCACCUUUUUAUGCGUUAAAUUAUAAUUAUAUAUGUUUCAUAUAUAUGCCAUACCGAAAAAACUCUGAGUUUUCUCAUUUUCAUAAAAAACAUUUUUAGAACAAAAAUUAGUUUUCAACCAAAAUCGCAUGAAAAUCAAAAUUUUCCAUUAGAAUCAAAUAAGUAAAGAAAAGUAGAAUAAACGACCGUAAACAGAUCCAUUUUUAUUGGAAACUUAACCAAAAUGAAAUUGAACAAAAAUAAUGAUAAAGAAAGGAACGAAAUACAAGUUGAACAAAGAGAAAGAUGGACGAAAAAAAUGAUGCCUUAAAAAUAUUACCAACAUUUCAGCGCCAAAAAAGUAAUAAAACAAUUUUUUUUUCAUUGAAUGAACCAAUUUUUUACACUAAAAUUGUGAAUUUUCUUAUAAUAAUAAGGAAAUCGAACGAUUUUUUCUGAAAAAAAUCAAGAGAAAAUUUUAAAGA